CAAUCAUGAAUACAUAUUUUUCGGAUAAUGUUAUUGAACCGGUCCAAAUCCUCGCUGUCCCUAGAUGCUCUAACCGAGGUGAAUCGAAGCUUACUUUUGAAGGGUGUGUGAAUUUGAACGACAUGAAACGGACUUUAACAUCAUUGGAUCAUCAAGAUUCCGCUAUCUGCUUCAUAUCAGUCUGCCAAAGAAACUCAUGGAGUCCAUUGCAGAUCACUUCAGAAAUGCUCGAUUUUAUAGUUAGCCAUCAUGACCUGAAUGAUUCUGUGUAUGGUAUAUCGUCUUGUUUCUAUACCCGCAACCUAGAUCUUGAAGACCUCUACUGCGCACCCCUGUCUAUUGUACAGUCUGGGGACGUAAUAGAUAUUUCGUACACACUGCGGUACCCUGAAUUCAAGGAAAAGGAAAAUCAGUGGGCACUGCGACAAAGUGGGAUAUACCAGAGAUUCAACAAAAGGACAAAUCAACACUUCUUACUGCUAUUCAGUCCUUUGCCUAACUCAGCUACCCAUGCGAAGAUUUGGAAUCAACUGCGCAACGAACACCCGUGGACCUCACAUGGUCCUUUCUGGGUCCAUGCAAUAUUGUUUUCCACUUAUUUCCCCACAUGGAGACAGUAUAUGGCUUGGUUAGAAGGCAGGUUGAUCCCUAUUACAAACUUAACAAUGAUAGCCGAGAUCAAUCGGGAAUUGCGUGUCAGUUACGAACAGCUCAACACUAUGUAUGCUCUGAUGAACAAGCUUUUCCAAGUCUCGACACUCAUGUCCCACUCUCUGGAUGUUUUCGAGAAUCUUCUCUGUCUUUAUGAUGAUGGAAGGAGAUCAAGCUGCGCUGCGAUACAACAACUUCAGAAUUACUGGCGCCAAGCAGCCGCCUACUCACGAACAGCGGCCGGUUUGAAUAAUCGCGCCCAAACAACGGCACAGCUUCUUUCCAGUACGCUUUCAUUGAGGGAGCAGACCAUUUCCAAGGAUGAGGCCGACAGAAUGGCCACUAUAAGCAAGUCAACAUACUGGAUUACUAUCAUGGGGCUGCUGUACCUCCCCACAACACUUGUUGCUACCGUGUUCGGAACAAGCUUUUUCAAUUUCGAUAGUGAUAGAAGUAGAAUUGUGGUGUCAACGGAUAUCUGGUACUUCUUCGUGGUAUCAGGCGGGCUCACUUUUAUUACUUUGUUUACUUGUUAUGGCUUUGGUGGUUAUGGAAUGAUUUCGCGAAAACCAGCUUUACCGACCUCCGACAAGUGGAAAAUCACGAGUCAUUGGAGAAUGAGUCUAAGAAGAGACAAGGAAAUCUCGAAUAUGAGUUCAGUUUAGGUCAUGGUUAUCGCAAUAGCGCUAAGAGAGACUGUCAGUUUAGUAUAAAUCUAAAGGUUCAUAUUAUAACACCUAA